CUCAGAAACUGCUUUGGACCGGCCGAGUCUUCAAUCUACUGUGCGUGGAACGGGCCAAUUCAAGCUCAAAGCGAAUCGGUAUGUAUUGAAAAGCUGCUUUCCAGUCGAAACUUGUUGGUCUCUCAGCCUCAUAAUCCUCACGCUCUAGUCCCUAACGGGUGUGUUGGAUAG